GGUGAGAGGUGAGAGGUGAUCUCAUCGCCGCUCGCAGCCGCUUCUCGCCAAAGAUACCAGGGCUCUGCUCCAUAAUCUUCGCUUCUCGCCAUGACCAGCGACUUCCGACAGCGGGAGUCGGGCACCGAGCUGCUUGCUCGACUCAAAGGAAGAAGAUCUCUGAAGCAUCUUGAGCCACGGCUUUUUACUGAGGAAGGGUUGCUAAACCAUGGAAAUACGGUUGAGUUCCAUGGCCCAGAAGGAGCAGGGAAGACAGAAAUGCUUUAUCACCUGGUGGCAUCCUGUAUCCUCCCCGAAUCGAAGGGUGGGCUCCAGGUUGAGGUGGUCUUUGUUGACACAGAAUGUCAUUUUGACAUGCUUCGCCUCGUCACCGUUCUGGAGCAUUGUUUAGCGCAGAACACGGAGGAGUCAGUUAAACAGUGCCUGGGCCGCCUGUUCAUCGUCCACUGCAGCAGCAGCACCCAGCUCCUGCUGCUCUUCCAGUCGCUGGAGAGCAUGGUCUGCAGCCAUCCUGCUCUCUGCCUGCUGAUUGUGGACAGCAUGUCUGCCUUCUACUGGAUUGACAGACUGAGCGGUGGGGAGAGCUUCAGCCAGCAGGAAGCUAACCUCCGGCGCUGCGUCGAGUGCCUGGAGAAUCUGCUGAGCGAGUACCAGCUAGUGUUAAUCGCAACCACACAGGCCCUGAUGCGCGGGCGAGAUCCUGAGGCAGCCAGGCCAGAUGGAGCUGCUGCAGCUCGGCAGCCACUGAUGGCAGAAUUUAAACCGUAUCUGUGUAAAUCAUGGCAAAAACUUGUCAAGCAUAGGUUUGUUUUCUCAAAAAACACCACGGUGGACAACAAGCAAGAAUUUGCUGCUGUUUCUCUCCAGCCAAGAAGCAGCAUUGUGAACAGGAUGUGGGCAUUGCAGAUAAUGCCAGCAAUUAGUCAAUCCCUAAUUGCCCUUGGACUGAGUGGCUUCCUUGGUGACUUCAGCAAAGAGGUAACCACAUAGCUGUGCGCUUAGAAUCACCUAUGAACCAAAUAUCCUUCCUUUAAGUGAACUGAUUGAGUUUUUUAACAAUACCCUAAUAGUUGUAUAGUAUGCUCCAAAGACUACUCUAACCAGACUAGAAUUAACUUGUUUAAAUUGCCACAAAUCCCCCACUGUGGUUCACUACUCCUAAUUUCGGGACCAGUUGAUUAACCAUGAUGCCAUUGUACCUCAACUUUUCUGCAACCUGCUGAUGGUGGGAACCAUGCCCGCAAACUGAUGCCAAAUGAGGGACCCAUUUUGUUUGGUGGAUCUGUGCCCGCUUAGAAUAUUGCCCGCUUCCCAAACUCAUUUCACUUAGGGUCCUUACUCUAGCAGACAGAGGACGUCCUUGUCAUAUCAGGAAAGAGCCCCUUUAAUCUGUAAUCACAAAGCACUUUGUCCACAAGGACAUCCAGCUGCAAAAACGGCUUCAUCUUCACAUAAAGAGAGGCUGUUUGGAAAACCUGCAAGUGCUUUCAGGAGAGGAAGAGAUGACACAAAGAGGAAGGGAAGCUUCACUACAAAAAUUAAUGAUUUUAUGCUGACAAUAGCUGAGAAAAUGCAAUUGGCAGACUGUCCCACUGCUUCAACAGAAACAUCAAGAAUGAAAAAAAAAGCAAUGAACUAUAA